AUGGAAGUAAAAAGGGAAGAAGUCGACCUGGAAAUAGGAGAGCAACGAUACCUUACCCACUGCGCUAUUUUGGCGAGUCUGCCGACUGAGCACUCUAAGAAUGAAAGGGAUGCUCAACUUAGUACGAUCAGAGGGACUGACGAUGAAAGGCCCUCGACCAAAACACACCGGCUAGAUCGGUUAUUAGACAGCCUAGCGUCUCUACUCGCCGCUCAUGGGGGCGGUGAUUGCUUAGCGGUGGCCCUCGGCGGCCUUACAAAGGAUCAGAUCACGCUGCUCUUAAGUAUUGACACGCCUGUACUGGAGAGGGAGGUUAGUGUUCUUUAUCAAGCAAUAGAAGCUCACAGCCAAAGAAUUUUCAGAUAUCUUCGCAAUUUUCAUAAUGCGGCGGACGAUCCUGGUAUUCAGCAGAACAUCCGAACCGAUUUUACAGUCCAACAGAUUAUCUACUCGAUUGACGGGAUCGAAAGUCGAUAUAAAUUGUUUGAUCGAGAACUUAAAAAGAUAAAAAAGCUGGACCUGGGAAAAUUCGAGUUCUACGAUGUUGUCCAAGAAGAGACUGUUUGUUACGUCCCAGCUCCCGAAUAUGAUAACGCUGAAGACGAAUCUCUUGCAAAAGACUUGCGCCAGUCAUUUUUUGACCUAGAAGGGGUGAAAGAAAAUCUUCCCGAGAAGCAAAAGAGUCUCAUUGAAGAUUUAAAGGCUCGUCCCAAGCUCCCAACAAAACAGCUUUCGAGACAGGACUUCUUGAUAUGGCAUAAGUUAUUCUUAUGGCCCUUUAAGAUCUUGGGUAGACAAAUACAAUUUUGUAUUACAGCCAGGAGCGCCAAUGGGUCCCAGGACGAAAGCACUGAAGCUUACAAAAACCUCUGGAUUGCGGCAAUGAAUCUGAAUGGGAUGCUUCAGAGGGUUGUGGUGAUGAUUGAGGGUUCUUCCAUUUUUGGAAUGUGGGCUGCCAUAUUUCAGAAAAUAUUAGAUGGAAAAGGUGAACGGCGCACAACAGUUGGUGCUAUGAUACCAUCAGCCCCUUUGCCGUCUUUCGCAGGAAGACCUGCACCUACGGCUGCAGGCCAGAGACAAGGUGAAGAGGGAAAAAAUCUCGAGAAUUUGCGGACUCGCCAAAAAUAUAAUGGAGAGGCUCAACAAACACGCACUGAGCUAGAGCAGCCCCCAUUACUUGAAAACUCUGGGUCGAAUAUUGAACAAAAGGACCUCAACAUAUCCCAAGACCCUAAAGCAGUGAAAUUAGUAAAAUUUGGUGGAACAAUCCGGAACGUUUUUAGGAGAGAAAAAAGGCAAGACAGAGAGUUUAGUAACAAAGAAGGUCUAAACGCUGGGCUAGGAAUAGUAAAACGUAUUCUUGGGAAGUCGGUAACAUGGGUUCGGAAUAAACCCCCAAAAAGGGAGGGGCUGGAAAGGUCCGGAGAUGAUAACAGGCGCCAAGAGACCCAAUUUGUGGUGCCUAUUCAGAGUCUCGAUGAUGGUUUUGAUGACCCAGUGCAUCAGAACGAGAGGGGCUCUGGAGCGUCCCGAAGUUAUGCUUCUCUGGAGACUUUAACGAAGGUUGUACCAUCUCCCGGAAAUCCGAGAGAGCCCUCUAUGGAUGGUGCUAGAGCUGAAGAAUAUGAGGAUGAGGAUGAGGAUGAGGAUGAGGAUGAUGACGACGGGGGUGAGGAUAAUGAAGAUGACGAAGUUGGGUAUUACGAUUUCGAUCUCAGAAUUAUUACAGAGGCCGAAAAGCUUCGAGGGGCUGCCCGAAACGGUCUUUUUCGACGAGCUUAUGCCCUAGCGGGUUUCCAAUUUCUCGUUCGUGCAGUACUCUACGACAAAACCAUUGCAACUGAAGUCGUCAGAAAGGAUUUUACCGUGGAGGUCAUCACUCCAGUUGACGGAAGGUACACCACCUCGAAAGUGGAGAAUCUGGAGGAAACUCUCCAUCGAUUCUUUGCUUCGGAAAAUCCGAAUGGAACUCCAUCCAGAAUCAAAAUCCAAGUUCAGGACUUUAUCAAAAGUUUUGACCAAAUUAUAAAAGAAGGUAACCGCCGUCAGCAAUUACUCGACCACACAAAAAAAGAUCAUACUGUCAGGGCGGCUCAACAUGCAGAACUAGUAUUGCUCCAGCACCUUCUUGAAGAGAGAAAUUUGGGGGCGGGCAAGUAUAUAGGUGUUUCAAAGCCUCCUUGUCUUGUCUGUGAGAAUGUGCUCCACUUCUACAAACCUGAAAUUCGAACACGAAGAGGACAUGGUCACGUCUCUGUAUUAGAAAUACCGAAAGGGCUGCCAAGCGAUCACAUAAAGUGCGUUUUUAGUAUCGUUGAGGAAUUGUCCAAAAAAAUCACUGUCAAAGCAUACAAAGCUCAGACAAAGCCUAUGUCGGGUGAUUCGACCUUUAUUCAUCACGGGAAAUAUUCUAAUGAAUACGAAAAAGGAACUCUCUCGCGAGCACGACCCAUGCGAGCUGGAUAUGUUAAAGCCUCAAAAUCUCCGCAAUGA